AAUGGCGCCAUUUAGCCAUGGAGGUCAAGAAUAGUGGCGCCACUAGUCACUCCUCUGCCAUCCACCACACCAUCAACACCUCCAGCUCUUCCAGUUCCAUCAACUUGGAUUACUCCAAUUUCAUGACAUUGUUUUGGGGUGUUGCUGCUGGUGAUGACAUCUCUGAAGACUUGCAGCUGCCCACAACACGGACUUCACCACACAGCAGCUGCCCACAACACGGACUUCACCACACAGCAGCUGCCCACAACACGGACUUCACCACACAGCAGCUGCCCACAACACGGACUUCACCACACAGCAGCUGCCCACAACACGGACUUCACCACACAGCAGCUGCCCACAACACGGACUUCACCACACAGCAGCUGCCCACAACACGGACUUCACCACACAGCAGCUGCCCACAACACGGACUUCACCACACAGCAGCUGCCCACAACACGGACUUCACCACACAGCAGCUGCCCACAACACGGACUUCACCACACAGCAGCUGCCCACAUGGGGAAUAUCUUCAACCUACAAGAUUCGAUUCACUUAAUAGUAUUUUAAUUAUCGCAGCAAUGUUCAAGGAACACCAAAGAAAUAUGAAAAAGAAAUAA